AUGACGUUCGGAGGCCAUUACACGCCGUAUUUCGAUCCUUCUUUUGAUGCUCACAAGGAAUACCGAAAGGAAUUUAUUCUUAAAAAGUAUCGAAGCACAUCCAACAAACUACAAUCUAGUUCUUACUCGAAAUUAUUUGAUGAUCGUUCUUUGCGAGGGGUGAGCGCAUGGCUGAAAGAACAAGCAACAGAAACAGAGCGAAAAGAAUUCCAUGCACUCUUCAAACGGUUAGGAGACCACUAUCAACACUUAGAAACACAAAAUAAUCCGUUUAAAGCAGAGAGCGAAGUCGAUCGAUAUUUCUAUGUGGCGAGCAGUUACGGUCAUGGUGUUUUGUCAGAAAAAGCAAUCAAAUGUGUUGCAUCCUAUUUUAAAAAUCAUUCCCAAACCUGUCAAGCGGAUAUGAAUGUAUUCAAAAAUGUAAUGUCUGCAUUAACUAGCUUUAGAAAACAUAUUCAACCCAUGUCUCAUGAGCAAAGCGUGUUUUUAGAGUCAACACCUCAUUUACUGGACCAGAAAAAGAGUAAACCAGUGUAUGAAGUGGCUGCAGAGAAAUGGCAAAACAAUAAGACAAGUUCACAGCAAGGAGAACGACCGAAAUCAGCACCAGCAAUUCAAAACCUCUCAUUUCAAAGAAGAAAUGUCAAGAAUAGCACUUUUAAUAAUAAUUCUCCAUUGACAUCUAGGCCAUCUACAUCACAUCUGGCGAAAAUGCAUGACCGCAAUUUCAACACAAAAAAGCCUUACGCUUACCUACCAACGCAGGGUACAAACCUUCCCACUUCAAAGACUUAUUUUGCAAGACCUAACUCUAAAACACUGUCUCAGUAUGUAAAAACUGAACCAGCUUGGAAAGCGACAACCUGUGCGACUGCUAGUGGUGGGGUGGUUGAGCCAGCGUUUACUUCUGUCUUAGAUGAAAAUAGCUUUCAACCCAGCUCAGCACGGUCCAAGUGUUCAUCUCUUGAACAAGAAAAGAAGAUCAAAGACUCCAAACAACCCAUAACCAAACAAGCACAAAACAAGGAAAGCAAAAUAGCAAUAGGGAAGACAACGUAUGGUUCAACAUAUCAACCUCAGGUGAAUAUAAAGUCGAAACCUUUUCAUCAGACGACCCACCAUUCAAAGCCGUACGGGGAUUAUGGAACAGUGGAUUUCCUGACAGAAUAUUGCAAAAGAUUUGCUUCAAAGCGAUAA